UGCCGUGAAGAGGAAUUGGUCAGAUCUCGGUGACGGGCCAGCGGGGCUCAUCGCCGACCGCGUCCUCGCCUACGACGUCGCCGGAUACAUCCGCUUCCGCGCCGUGUGCCGUUCGUGGCGGCGGUGCUCCGCGGAACCUGGCGCGUACGGCGUCCUCGACCGCCGGUUCCAUCCCCGGCGGUGGGUCAUGCUGCGGGAACCGGUCGCCGCUCUCAACUGCAACUGCCACCGCCAUCGCUUCCUCAACUCCUCCACCGGCGAGUGCGUCCAGGUGGACAUCCCGGAGCUCCAUGACCACAAGGUGCUCGCCCCCACCGCCGAGGGCCUGCUCCUCCUGCUCCACGCCCGCAAGAACGUCCGCCUGCUCAACCCACUGACCGGACAGCUCAUAAAGCUCCCGCCUCUCACCACACUGCUGCCCAAAAAGUACCACCACUGGCUUUCGGCUCGUAAUCACCAUUUCGACGCCGACUUCACAGCGUCUGGCUCGGGCAUUGCUGACGAUGAUUCAACAGUCGUGCUCUGCUUCUACACCCUCCGCAUGCUAGGCGUGGCCAAGCCCAGCGAUCAGUCAUGGACGUUGCUCAAGUUCAAUGACCUGCUGAGAACGGCACCCGUGAUGUUCGCUGCCCGCUUCCACUGCAUUACCCUAGAUGGUGUCAUGGUGCUAGAGAUGGAUCCACCGCGGCUGGUGUUAGCUGCCAAGCGGCAUAUGUGGAUUUCCUUAGACGGUAGCGCCCACCUCGUGGACAAUGGUGGGGAGUUGAUGCUGGUUCACCGCAAGCUCUUGACUGGAUACAGGAGGGGCUAUGACGUGUAUCGGGUUGAUUUGGGCACCAAGACUCUAUUCCCCGUCAAUAGCCUCGGCGGAGGAUGUGCAUUGUUCAUGGGCAUGUAUUGCUCUCUCUCGGUGCCCAUCGAGGGUUUUCCCUCCGGCUCCAUUAGCGGUGACAAUAUCUACCUGAGCUUUGAUGUCGAUGAGAGGGACGGGAUCGAGGCUUACCAUCUCGUAGAUAAAAGUAUCUCACCUAGUGCCAUCUUUUAA